ACGAAAUCAAAACUGAGCAAAACUUCGUCCUCUUCGUACAUCUACCUACCUUAAGAAGAGUCUAUAUAUGUUCAUCCAGAGUGCAGCUCAGCUCAGCGUCACCCCAUCGAUCAGGACAAAACCCUAAUCUACUCACAAUAUCAAUUUAUCUAAUAUAUAUUCGCUCUCUCUCUUCAUCACGUCAUAUGCAUAUACAUAUAUCGGAAUUUGAUUAAUUCGGUUUAGAUUGUGCGGAGAGCUCUAAGAGAUUGUGUAUUGUAUCUCGCCAUGAAUUGCCACGAUGGAGUCGCCAACGGCGUUUUGGGUUCGCAUUCGAAGCUUGAGAAGCUCAUUAUCGAUACUGAUCCCGGAAUCGAUGAUAGCAUGGCCAUCUUAAUGGCAUUUCAAACUCCAGGACUGGAAAUUAUGGGCAUGACUACAGUUUUUGGUAAUGUUACUACUAAAGAUGCCACCCGGAAUGCAUUGCUUCUGUGUGAGAUCGCAGGAUGUCCAGAUUUGCCUAUAGCGGAGGGCAGUCCUGAGCCUCUAAAGGGGGGAGAGCCACGUGUAGCUGAUUUUAUCCAUGGCUCCGAUGGUAUGGGAAACAUUUUCCUACCUUCUCCUAAAGGGAAGAAAAUUGAAAAGCAUGCUUCUGAAUUCUUAGUUGACAAGGUCUCCGAAUAUCCUGGUGAAGUAUCAGUCCUUGCACUAGGGCCUCUGACAAACAUAGCUUUGGCAAUAAAAAGGGAUUCUUCCUUUGCAAAAAAUUUGAAGAGACUAGUGAUUCUUGGUGGUGCUUUCUUCACUUUGGGAAAUGUUAAUCCUGCCGCUGAAGCAAAUAUCUAUGGAGACCCAGAGGCUGCUGAUAUUGUGUUUACAUCUGGAGCAAAUAUCGUUGUCGUCGGAAUAAACAUUACAACUCAAGUCCAGUUUACAGAUGCUGACCUCCUUGAAUUAAGGCAAUCAAAAGGAAAGCAUGCUCAAAUUCUAAGCAACAUGAGCAAAUUCUACAGAGACUGGCAUGUGAAGUCAGACGGUGUCUACGGUAUUUUUCUUCAUGAUCCAGUUAGCUUUGUUGCACUAGUUCGUCCUGACCUCUUUACAUACAAGGAAGGGGUUGUGAGAGUCGAAACGCAGGGCAUAUGUAUAGGCCACACUUUAAUGGAUCAAGGACUUAAAAGAUGGAAUACAAGCAACCCUUGGACAGACUAUUCCCCCAUCUCUGUUGCUUGGACAGUAAAUGUAGAUGAAGUGAUCAGCUACAUUAAAAGUACAUUAUUCAAUCCAUGAAAACCUUGGGAAUAUAACGUCAAAUUACAGAAGAUGCUGAGCUAAAAUGAUGAUUGGGUUACCUUUACUAAUAUUCUUCCUUUGUCUUCUUUUAUUGCCGGGGGACAACCGGAUCGAUGCUCGAUGCCAAGAGCUCACUGUGAAUCCUUCCUUCCCCUUGUUUAUUCAACUUGUAAAAAACUUUUCUAUAAUGCAUUUGAUGCCAAUGUUUGCGUGGUAAUUAAACUAAUUCAUUGUACCGUACACAGUAAAUUCGUAAUGAGCACUAUUUUCAAGACUCA